UGAAUGCCACAGUCAGUCAGCAGCAGUGCAGCAAAUGUCUGUGUCAUGAUCCAAUCUCAGAGUAGUGCCUUUAAACUCAAUGAUGCGGCGUUACCUCCGUGCACUUCUGCUGUGCAUGGUGUUUGCCGUGUUUUCGGGUUUUUAUUUCUACUCUAAGCUGUUUUACUCGGACACUUUGGAGAGAGGCGUCGGGACUAAGCGGAUUUUCGUUCCUCCGAGAGAACCUGGAACGAGACAAGGGGCCGCGGACAAAACUGGGACCCAAACGCACUGGUACAAUAGGUACAUAAUGCGACAGCAGAGCCAGGCAGACUCUACAGGGGAGCCUCCCAUGCACCUGGCUGUGGUGGCCUGUGGAAGCAGACAGGAGGAGACUCUGACAAUGGUCAAAUCAGCUGUUCUCUUCAGCAUUAAACAGCUGUGUGUGCACAUCUUUGCUGAAGAUCAACUUCAUGCAAGUUUUAUGGAGACUUUGGAAUCGUGGCCUGACUCCGUUCGAACACGAUUCAACUACACACUGUACUCAAUCAGUUUUCCCAGCGAGAACGCUGCAGAGUGGAAAAAGCUGUUUAAGCCCUGUGCUUCCCAGCGCCUCUUCCUUCCUCUGAUUUUAAAGAGGGUGGACUCGGUGGUGUAUGUGGACUCGGACAUCCUCUUCCUGCAGCCCAUGGACAGACUGUGGUCCUUCCUGUCUCACUUUAACUCCUCCCAGUUGGCAGCGAUGGCCCCAGAGCACGAGGAGCCACGUAUCGCCUGGUACAACCGCUUCGCCCGCCACCCCUACUACGGGCGCACGGGCAUCAACUCCGGCGUGAUGCUCAUGAACAUGACCAGGAUGAGGAACGCUUUCUUUAAGAAUGACAUGACUUCUGUGGGGCUACGGUGGGAGGAGCUUUUGAUGCCUCUUCUUCAAAAAUAUAAACUGAACAUCACAUGGGGAGACCAGGAUCUGCUUAAUAUCAUCUUUCAUUACAAUCCCGAGUUCAUGCUGGAGUUCCCUUGUCAGUGGAACUAUCGCCCCGACCACUGCAUCUACGGCAGCAACUGUGCCUCGGCCGAAGAGGAAGGCGUUUAUAUUCUCCACGGAAACAGAGGAGUGUUCCACGAUGGGAAACAACCGGCUUUCAGAGCAGUCUACGAGGCCAUACAAAAGUACUCGUUUGGCACAGACCCGGUGAGCGGUUUGUUGGAUCCACUGGAAGAACAACUUUUGAAGACGACUCAUACUUACUGUGGAAAAUCUCACCCGCUUUUCACCAAGAGACUAGUGCACAGCCUGGCAAACAUCAACAACAUGGCAGUGGGAGGAUAAUUAUGAACUCCAAAUGAAAACACAAGAAGCAGCUAAAGGAUUUCAUUUGGCGCUGCGGUGGCUUAACAAUACUAAAAUGUUGAGACUACGAAAAAGGCUUCGUACCUUUUUCAAUUUGAAGACACACUUUUAUUUCAAAACAGUAAUAGCUUCUUUUAAAGGUGCACUAUGUAACUUUUCUCGGGUCUGCAACCUGAUUGUCUGUAUCCAUGGAGACAAGCAGAUGACACUACAAGGCAUAGUUACAGGUUAGAUCUGUGGAAAGGUAACCCCGCUUACAGUAAGAAUGCAUGUUUUUCAAUGUUUUUUUAAGCAUAAACACAACCGUGAUUGUGUAAAUGCAAGAUAAUGAGUCUAAUGCCAUGCUGUGGAACAUUCGAGACAAAACUGUAACAUCGGCAUGGAAACAAGCAGUUGGUGGAGCCUCUAUCAGAAAAGUUACACAGUGCAUAUAAUGUCUUUUAUAAGUUCUGAUUUAAAAAAAAAAAAAAAAACAUGUCCGUGCUAAAACUACUCAGGCGUAACUCCAACUUUGUGUUAUUCAUGUAAUUUCUUUUACCUGCUCAAAUUUUAUUAGUUUUAGCAUUCAUCUGGGCAUUUUUUCUGUUUGUUUGUUUUUGUUUUUAAUUUUUUUGGACAACUUUACACUGGUUUGAAAUUGAAAUUGAAACAUCUCUGCAAAUUUAAAUGUAUGACUCAGAAUAGUAGGUGUUUUUUUUUUUUUUUUUUUUUUUUUCUCCUCUUCCCCUCCUUUGGUACUGACUAUUGAACUAUAGUUUGUAGUUAAUAUUGUUUUGGAAGAGUAUAUCUUGUCUUUCCAUAUUGGAGAAUUGUAUAUUAUGUGUAUUUUUAUGUUUGAAAUGCUCUUUUAUGUUAAGAGAAAAACAUAAACUGGAAAUAGUCUUUCUGCACUGCAGGGUAUGAAAACGUAUGCACUGGUCCACUUUCAUUACCUGAUCAUAGCCAUUUCAAACUGGACACCAUAAAAGUCUGUAUUUUAUUCUCUAUACACAUUUACUAUUGUAUGGUAUCUCUUUGCUGAUGGUUUGAUUUUAGAAAAUUCAGAAAACUCCAGACAAAUGUGAAUAACCUUCGUGUUCUUAUGCCAAAGUCAAUUUCACUUUUUGCACUGCUUUUACCGCUGUUAACUGUAAGCUAAUGUCUCUGUGAUUCUAUUACAAGGGCAUCCUUUGAAGCAAUUAAUUUUGUAAAAAUGAUUUUUACACAAUUUUUAUAUUAAAAUUUGUUUUUUAUGUAA